AGGGGGGCUCAGGGCAGCAGAGCCCUCACAUCACUCAGAGGUUGCCUCUCUGCCCCCCACUCCUCAAGCAUCCCUCGCAGCUUCCACGCCAUGGACGUCUUCUCGCCGUCGCAGCUCUACUACGACAGCGCCUGCGCUUCCUCCCCGGACCCGCUGGACUUCGGCGGCGAGCUGGCCGGCUCGGACGAGGACGAGCACGUCCGCGUCCCCGGCGCCCCGCACCAGCCGGGCCACUGCCUCCAGUGGGCCUGCAAGGCCUGCAAGCGCAAGUCUAGCUUCGUGGACCGCCGGCGGGCCGCCACCAUGCGGGAGCGGCGGCGCCUGAAGAAGGUCAACCACGCCUUCGAGGCCCUGCGCCGCUGCACCUCGGCCAACCCCAGCCAGCGCUUGCCCAAGGUGGAGAUCCUGCGCAACGCCAUCCAGUACAUCGAAAGCCUGCAGGAGCUGCUGCGCGAGCAGGUGGAGAACUACUACAGCCUGCCGGGGGAGAGCGGAUCGGAACCGGGGAGCCCGUUGUCCAGCUGCUCUGACGGCAUGGCGGACAGCAACAGUCCAGUGUGGCAUCAGAUGAACUACAGCGGGUUCCCUUACGCUAAUAACGGGAGUUUGUUGGACAAAGCGGUGGUCGGCACGUCCAGCCUGCAGUGUCUCUCCAGCAUCGUGGAGCGUCUGUCCACGCCGGAGCUACUCCCUCGGGCCGUGCCGUCGCCCGCGUGCUCAAACUCGCAGCCUUGCACGCCGGGCAGCCCCGGCGUCGGGCCCGUGUACCAUGUCCUGUGAGGGGCACUUUUUGUACAGCACAUGAGAGUGUAAAUAUCCAAUGUAAAUGCUCAUUUAUUCACUGUCUGCUUAUACACACAUAUUUAAUGUCAUGUUCAUUAAAUAUUUCACUGUUUUGUAUCAUCAUCUGCUUUCAAUUCUAUUCAUAAUUUAGUGGGCUCAGCAAGAACACUGAUUGAUUGACUGAUUGAAACUUUUAUAAGUAGAUUGCACAGUACAGUACAUAUUCCGUACAAUUGACCACUAAAUGGUAACACCCCAAUAAGUUUUUCAACUUGUUUAAGUCGGGGUCCACGCUCAUCAAUUCAUGGUAGAUCAUGAUCUUUUACUGAAAAAAAAAAGAGUUUAAAACGCGACUAAAUGAGACAAACAAGCGGCACACACAGUAAAAAACGCGACUAAAUGAGACAAAAACAAGCGGCACACAGAGUGAAAUCUAAACAUGCUGCAUCAAUGAAGUCAUUUUAGCGUCGCCACGUGUUUGUGGGGGUGUGAAUAACAGGGGGGCGGGGGGGAUGCUAAGAAUGUACCUGUUUGUUCUUUCCAACCAAAUGUGAGUCAUCAUCAACACCCUCAAUUGUUCCAUCAACACUCCCAGUCAAGAGCAAAUGGCCUUCAAAAGCACGUAUUGUUUGGUUGUGAUUAGUUGAAAGACUGGGGGGUAUGAGUGUAUUUGUGUGGAAGUCAUCACGUGUUGUGACUGCAAAGGUUUAUUUAAUCCCAAAUGUGGGAAAACAUACAAAUCAAAACACUGAAUGAGUUAUUUUUCACUCUAACGUUGUGUGUCCUCAAGAAAAUAUUCAGAUUGUUAAGUUGACUGCUGAAAACCUUAUUUUGUCUCACUGAAACAUCAUUAUGUUUUCAUAUUUUAUUGCAAAAAAUAUUUAGGUGAAUAAAUACUUUUUUUGUACAAAAAUA